CUGGCACAGAAUAAGUGAUUGGGAACAGCCACUGUUGAAGCCAAUGGCAUAUGGUUAAUUACAUCACCAAUGAUACAAUCCAAGUUGAAUGAGCCCAAGACUCAAACACAAAGCUUUAUGUUGUCUAUAUAGUAUGGCUUCUACAGCACCCCCUGGGUACUUUUUAUUUAACCUCAACUAAAGGGUUAACUAUCAUUAGAGUUGCACGUUUAUUUUUUUUUUACAGAUUUGUUACCCUUUAAUACCAUUAUUGCAUAGACAAACAUUAAACAUGGAUUAAGUUAGCAGUUUGAUGCCUUGUACGAUUGCUCAUGCCUUCACGUCUGAGACAGCGAAUUUGAAGGAAGCAUACGUACCUGAUCGCUGGUAAGGAAAACAACAUGGACCAAAAAAGCCAGUUGCAACCUGCUGCUGCGGCUGCAUACCUGUAGCAUCAUCAGCAAGAUCAUGGCACAAUUGGACAGGAACAAGCAUAGCGAUACCAGUGAGCGCCGAGGUAUUCCUGCAGCCAGUCUGAUGGAAAAGAGCAAUGGUAUAGACAGAAACUUCUCUGCAGGUGUGGGUGUUAAGGAUUCCGUCUCCAUUGACUCUGACCUUAACGGUAAGGUCAGGACACUGCAUCUCCACUCCCUGCCGAAUUACAAACCUAAUUUGCACUUUAUCGGACACAAUAACGAAGACAGGCACAGUCUUGCUUCCCAGGAUUCAGGCAUUCCAACACUGGAGAUCAGUAAUCCAGAACCCAUAAACUGCAGUAGCCUGACCUCUAAAUCGAACCACGCCAACAGCAGAUUUAUAUGUGACCAGGUUUUGCCAGGAUCCAGCAGCAUGCCUCCGGCUACACUGAGCCUGGAGUCUGAGAAUUCCAUAAAGAAGUCAUCCACGUUUUCUCACAACGGCUACGACACGAUGAAGCUCUUCAGCCCGAACUCAAGGGCUCUCAACAGGAGUGACGAUAUCUCUGUGUGCAGCGUCUCCAGCCUCAGCACAGAGCUGUCCACCACGCUUUCAGUCAGCAAUGAAGACAUACUGGACUUCAUGGUAACCAGCGACUCCAGUGCCAUCGUCAAUAUGGAAAGUGACGAGGCACAUUUCUCAGACGUAACCCUGAACUCCCAGCAGGACCCCUGCGAACGCAGUCCCCAGCGACAGGCUGGCCCACCAGAUGAGGAGGAUAACCGCUUCCGGAAAUUCGGACCGCUUGCCACCUUCUUCACCAGGAGUUUGUUUGCUAAGAAAUGUAAGGAUACAAGGCCCUUGGAGCAAAGUGAACCAGGGUGGAAGUUGUUUGGGAAAGUACCUCAAAGAGAUGGGCUAAACAAGGACCCAAAGAAAAUACAGAAGGAAUGUGAAGAAAGAACUGGACGACCUCACAGUUCCCCUUCGAAGCAAAGUGUGAGGAAGAAUCUGGACUUCGAGCCACUGUCAACAACCGCACUUAUCCUUGAAGACAGGCCAGCGAACCUCCCUGCCAAGCCUGCAGAAGAAGCUGAGAAGCACAAACAGCAGUAUGAAGAGAUGGUGGCCCAGGCCAAGAAACGAGAGAUAAAGGAAGCACAGAAAAGGAAGAAACAACUGGAAGAAAGAUGCAAACUGGAAGAAAGCAUCGGAAAUGCUGCUAUGACCUGGAGCCAGGAAAUUCUUCCAAACUGGGAAACAAUGUGCAGUUCUCGUAAGGUGCGGGAGCUGUGGUGGCAGGGAGUGCCCCCCAGUGUGAGAGGGAAGGUGUGGAGCCUGGCAGUUGGCAAUGAGUUAAACAUCACUCACGAACUCUAUGAUAUCUGCCUGGCACGAGCUAAAGAAAAGUGGAAAUCCAAGCCAACUGCUGGCCCAGAAACACAAAAUGAAGACACUGGAAUAUCCUUAGCAGACAAAGAAGCGAGUCUGGAACAUAUAAAAUUAGACAUUUCACGAACAUUUCCAAAUCUCUGUAUUUUCCAAAAGGGAGGUCCUUACCAUGACAUGCUGCACAGUAUAUUGGGGGCUUACACCUGUUACAGACCUGACGUGGGCUAUGUGCAGGGAAUGUCCUUCAUUGCGGCCGUGUUGAUCCUUAACCUGGAUACUGCUGAUGCCUUCAUCGCUUUUGCCAACCUUUUGAAUAAACCUUGCCAGAUGGCAUUCUUUCGAGUGGACCAUAGCCUUAUGUUGACAUAUUUUGCAGCUUUUGACGUGUUUUUUGAAGAAAAUCUACCAAAGUUGUUUGAACAUUUUAAGAAAAAUAACUUAACUCCAGAUAUUUACUUAAUCGACUGGAUUUUCACACUGUACAGCAAGUCAUUACCCCUGGACCUGGCCUGCCGUGUCUGGGAUGUUUUUUGCAGAGAUGGGGAUGAGUUUCUAUUUCGCACAGCCCUAGGCAUCUUGAAGCUUUAUGAGGACAUUUUGACCAAAAUGGACUUCAUCCACAAUGCCCAGUUCCUGACGAAACUACCGGAGGACAUCCCUGCUGAGGAACUGUUCACGACCAUCGCUGCUAUCCAGAUGCAAAGCAGAAACAAGAAAUGGGCUCAGGUACUUUUGGCAUUGCAGAAAGACAACCGAGAACAGGAGCGUGUGAGUCCUGUACUGAAACACUGAGACACACGCAGACAUUUUCUGUGAUAUACACUCUCGCGAAAUAAGGAGAAAGGUCAGGCCCUGCACCACCAGUAGAUGUAUGCAUUGUAAACUGUGAAAAACCUCCGUCCAGAGAGCUUGUUCCCUAGUCUUCACACUGGAGUCACCUUAACCAGACCUUUAGAGGAAAUUAAACCAAGGACUAAAGCCUUAAAAAUAUUAUCCAGUAUCUUAUCCAGUACAAACACCUUGGGUACAAUGGGAAAUUUUUUUAUUUUCUUAAACAUAUCCUCACAUAUUAGCCACAGGUACUAGUUCCCCAAUGAACUGCCUUGUUCUUUGGGCAUUUUGUUAUAAUAUAAUUUGUUAAGAAUUUUGUUUCUGUAUUGCUCAAGUACUAGUUUGUUUACUAUACAGUAAUUGACUGAAAAAUGGCUGCACAGUGGCCUGACUUGUGUAUUAAAUGAACUUGAAUGUAUUUUACACCAUUCCAAUUUGAUCCUGGAAAUGUGCAUUUGAAGUCUUAACCCCAAAGUGGUAAACUGAAUAAUAACUACAAAGGAUAAGCAAGGUUAUUUCAGAAACUUAAAAUGCUUUAAAACUGUAUUUGCUGCAUUUCUCUUUGCACUUUUUGUUCUGCUACUGGUAAUUAUGCUUUUGUUGUGAUUGAUAGCUAAAGACAAUUUCAUACUACUUCUAUUGGAUCAAUGCUAAAUGUUGUUUUCUUUUAUUAUUUACUGUUCUGGUCAUUUGGCAUAUUGUAGAUUUGUUUUGUAACAUAUAAUGUUGUAUAUGAUUUGUGUAGAGUCUCUGCUAACUUAAAAGAGAUUACGGUAUUUAAUAGUGCAGUCAUGAAAUCUCCCUGUGUAGCUGCACCUACUGGUGAAUGACUGGUGUUUUGCUACUGAUGAAGUGCAAUAUACUGGCAGAGAGGUUCAGUAGAUGUGUGUGUGUGUAAUAUAUAUAUUUAUUGCAAAGGAGCCGGCUCUUUUGUACAGCGGUAUCGACGCUAUGCUUUAUUGCGAGAGUUCCCGGGUUCAUGCCCACCCUCCGCCUGUGUGUGGAUUGCCUCGCCCUGUGUGAUGCACCUGCCUGCAUUAACCGAGAACGCUACUAUAUAUAUAUAUAUAUAUAUAUAUAUAUAU